AUGUCGUUGCAUACAGUUUUAUCCUUCUUGCUUUUAGCAUUAUUGGCUACAUGUUAUGUGUCACUACUAAACUAUGAUGGCUUUACCAUUGAUAUGAUUCACAGAGACUCCUUGGUUUCUUCUCUGCAAAACUCAAAACCUAGUAACAGAAACCUCUUAUACGGUGCCCUACAGCGCUCCAAGAGGCGUGCUGAUUAUUUGGCAUCGGGUACUCCCACCGCUGAUGUCUUACCUUCUGGUGGAGAAUUUCUGGUGAAACUAUCAGUUGGUACACUGCCAUUUGAGGUAAGCGGUAUUCUUGACACAACUAGUUCUCUUUCGUGGACGCAGUGCGCGCCAUGUACCAAGUGCUUCCCUCAGAAGCAGCCUCUCUUCACGCCCAAUAAAUCCUCGUCCUACAAAGUGGUGGCUGGUAAUUCAAAGGCCUGCAAGUCGCUUGGAGGGACGCCUUCAACCUCUGGAGACAACUUGUGCAGGUACUCCUUGUUGUACCAGCUGAAGUACCACUCUCGUGGAGUCCUCUCCUCGGACACGAUCACCAUGAAAACCACCUCAGGGGUCGGGCCGAGUUCCCUCAUCACCCAAAUGAACCCUGUUACUGGUGGUAAGUUCUCGUAUUGCUUAGUCCUGAAUGCGCACAGCAAUCCCAAGCCCAGCAAAAUGCAUUUUGGCAGCAGAGCUGCAGUUACUGGUGCUUCAGUAGUCACCACUGCUAUGCAAAUUGUCAAGAAUUCUUAUGCUGUCACCUUAAAGGGAAUAAGCGUUGGAACCACGAGGCUGGUGGCAUCAACCCUCUCGGAUUCCUUAUACUCAUCGAAGAUCUUUGGUUUCUCCGAUCAAAAGAUGAUCGUUGACACUGGAACUAUAGCCACGCAUAUUCCUGUGAAGCACUCUACGAGUCCUUAGAAGCAGCGAUGAGGAAACAGAUCAACAUGGAUGCUCACCGUGAUCCGGAUUCGUUGCAGCGGCUGUGUUACAAGAAGCCCGGCCGCAGCAUGCUAGCGCCUAUCGUGACGCUGCACUUUGCUGGAGCAAAUGUGAAGUUGUAUCCAGUAAACACAUUCCUUAAUGCUUUGAAUUCGAAGGAUGUUCAUUGCCUUGCUUUUCAGCCUGAUAAAAGGGUAGCCAUUCUUGGGAAUUUGGCACAAGUCAAUUUCUUGGUGGGGGUUUGAUCUCACGAAGAAGCUCGUCUCCUUCAAGCAGACUGAUUGCAACCAACCAGUAAUGGAGAAAGACACAUUUUCUUAUGGCUUAAUUGACAGUCAAUCCGCAGACUAUUGAAUUUAAACUUCAUAUUGAAUCUGCCUAAAUAAAUAAACUUUAAUACUA